AUGGAUUCUUUCUUUUACACGUUAGAACAUUGUCUUAGCGCUCGCCAAGCCAAGGUUUCUGAUGAUGACAUAACUGAGACGUCCCGCCCAGUCGUACGCUCCGAAGGUACAACAAUUGUGGUAACAGAGCCGACCGAUGCAGUUGCUGGAUCAGAACUUGAAUUAGAGGACGAGCAAAUGGCCGCAGCUCUUGAAGGACUAGUGGAAAUAUUUCAAGAGGACAUAGCAAACAGAGAUUUGCACAUCCGUUUUAUACAGGACUAUAUGGGGAUUUUAAAUACGCAGCUCGACUUGGACCUCGGUGUGCCCAUGAGAUACUUAGAAUGUAUGUUGCGGCCACUUCGUGAAGUGAUCAAUAGGGCGGAAGAGACCCGCGCGGCAUUUGUGAGCCGCAAUACUAGACAAAAUUUGGUAAUAUUAAACGAUGAAAACAACCCACCGUGGGGAUGA